UCCUCUGAUUUCAUACAGCCAAUCAUUUCAAGCAUAACAAGUUUUUUGAGAUGGCCAAGUAUGGCAGCGUGAGCUACUAAGGAGUGAAACAAAACCCUCCAUUUGUCCUUUUGUUCUUGUUGCGAUAAAUGUUAACCGAUGACUGGGUUGAUUACAAGUUUGGCCAGCUUGAACUGAAUAUCGGUGUAUAAUUACUAUUCCGUAAUGUAUAAAAUUUCACUCUGGGUGUGUUACCAUGGAACUUAUUCACUUUACCCAACUUCUGUUUUCACACGUGUCCUAUUUAUUUUCCAACAACAGACGCGCUCCUAUUUCCAUCUCACAACUGUCGCAAUGAAUUCGUGCGUGAAUUUAUUCCUGUUAAAUUGAUGACGUCUGGGUAACGCAUCUGCAUAGGAAUAAAAUAACAAAAACAACUUAUGGCCGUUUUUAUUACGUGCAACAUCUUUUUGUUAGUAAUCCUGUUCCCAUUUCUAGAAUAGUCUUUCUAGUGCAUCGGACCCUAUAGCAUUCAAUUAAAUCGUAGUUAAUCCACCCACUAGGUGUAAAUGUACAAGUUAGUCACUUACAAAAUUUUCGUCAAAAAGUUGGCCGUUGAAUCGAACAUGCCUCGCCGUCGGUUGUCGUUUUCCUACCUGCAAUUGACCAUUUUAUCCGGUUGUUUUCUCAUUUUCACAUCUUUCCAGUUGUACACCAAGUCCAUCAUCUUUGCCGAUCGACCUCCUUUCGCAGAAUUCAACAACGAGACGGGCGCCGAUGACUUGAUCGUCCCCAACAUCAUCCAUUUCAUCCACUACAACAAAUCGGAGCUCAACUUUGUCGAUUACGUCGUUCUGAAGGCCGCCAUGCGCAACCACAAACCGGACAUGUUCUACUACCACACGGACAUUGUCAACUUUCAAUUCGAAGGCAAAUACUGGGACUGGGUCAAGAAGGAAGAACAACUCUGGUCCAGGAUCGAAGUCAAGUACCUGGAAGCUCCGACGGACAUUUUCGGUCAGAAACUGAGCGAAGGUUGGCGAUUUUAUCACGGCGGGGAUAUCGGACGCAUCCGCGUUUUGAUGCAAUACGGAGGCAUCUACCUGGACAACGACGCUUUUGUUAUCAAUUCACUGGACAAGUAUCGCAAAUUCGAAUGCGUCCUCAACUGGGAUGACAAUCAAUUCAUGGGCACCCAAAUUAUUAUCGCUCACAAGGACGCCCGUUUCCUGCCACUUUGGCUGGAUUCUUACAGGGACUACCGGCCGGAUUUGUGGUACUACAACGCCGGAGAGCGGCCAACUGUUGAAAUCCUGCACAAAAAUCCGGAAUUGAUCCACCGAGUGAAGGGCGAUUUCGGAGCUGACACGAGUAUUUCUAUGAAUCUUUACGAUAAUCCAGCGUUCAACUGGCGACAUUUGGAUGCCAUUCACUUGCUAGUGAACCACCGCUAUUACAUGGAUGACAAUUACAACAAGACGCCCGUUUUUGACGAGAAUACAAUCCGCACUUACAAGUAUUCAUUCGGAGAAAUGGUUCGCCAACUACUCGAUAUCCGUCCGGCUAUUUCUCACAUUGAAACGGACACAAACAAUUCCCGAAAGUCAGUUGCUAUUUAGUAUUCUCCGUUUCACUCUCAAGUCAGCUGCGAAAUGGAAAUUGACUCGAGGUCGUUCACUAUAUUUUCAGUCAGGUGAGCUCAGGUAAUAAUAAUAAUCCUUGUGCUG